AUGGAACAACCAGAUGAAGAAUUUAUUGAGAUGAUUGUUGUUUUAGCAAAUCAAGAUAACAAUAACAAUAACAAUAACAAUAAUAAUAAUAAUAAUAACAAUUCUGACAAUAAUACAAAGGUUAGAGAAGCACACCAACUAUUCGAAAUCUAUUCUCGUCUUCCUAACAAAGUUGUAUCAUGGUUACUCUUUUUGACGGUCAAGGGUCUUUCCCCAAUUAUAAGAGAAAAAGCAAUAGAGUUACUUUAUAGCUUACUGUAUCUUGAUGAAGAGUUUGUAGAAUCAGUGCCACAACCAGUGUUUGAGGCUGUAAGGUAUGAGGCAGCCGAGUUGAUCAAUUCAACACUUACAGAUACCUUCAAAUCCCAUUUGUUUGGUAUUAUUAAAUCAAUGGCUACUUUUUUAAUAUCAAGUCGUGGAUGGGAUGAAUUAAAACCAUCAUUGGAGACCAUUUUAAAUAGAGAGAAGAGUAAGAAGAGAAAGAAUUGUGGAGAGGAAGAAGAAAAGGAUAAUGAAUUAAUGAUUCAUUUAGAAUAUGUAUUACUUUUACCCAAAAUGGGAUCAAAGAACAAAUAUCAAAGGAUGUUUAGAAAUUUUCUAUCUGGUCAAGACUUGGCAGAGUCACUUGAACAAGACAAGACUCAACAAACUAUUGGCAAGUUGGUCAAGGUGUUGGACAGACAUUGUGAAAAUGAUUAUACAGGCACUCCAAGAAUCAUUUUUGACUACUUGUUGGAUAUGGCCACACCCACCAACUAUACCGACAAUCUAAUAGAGAGUGUCAUCAAUCAUUUGUACAAGUGGCUGGCCAACCAAUUUGAGGAUGUGUCAUUGGAAGAGUGGACAAAUUGUGAAUACGAUAAACAAGAAGCUCAACUCAUCGGCAUUCAUAAUUCAACCGUGAAUCGAUUGAUAAGAGGUUUUGGUGAACGUGCGGCAGUCCUCAUUUUCAAUCAUUUAACCACUCUAUUUGAAUCUAAAAGAUGGAGAAAAAGAUAUGUGGCAUUGAUUAGUUUUGCCCAAUUAUUAUUGUGUUCACAUAUCCACUAUUACAGUAUUUCAAAUCAAUUUUCAUUGUUUUUAAAGUUGAUAUUAAAAUUGAUUGAUGAUGAAAAUACAAAAGUUAGAUGGGCAUUACUUCAUUGUUUGUUUAAAUUAUCUUUUGUUAUGGGUAAAGAGAUUGUUAAAUCAAGGGACAACCCAUUUUCUAUUAUAUCAAAAUUUGUCAUUGACCCGAAUGAACGUAUCAAUACUGGUUGUUUCGAGUUGAUCUUUCAAAAGUACCAAUCGGUGAGAAAUGGUGUAUGUGGUAAAUACAUUUACAAAGUAUUACGUGACUGGAUGAAAAUACUACUUGAAUCUCCAAAAAAGGAUGUACUUGAAUGGACAAUUCAUACGUUAGUGUCUUUGUCCAACUCGGAUAUAAAUAAGUUAAGAAAAUUUGUACCAAUUUUCUUUUCAUUGUUGGAAAAACCUUCAACAGAAAAUGUUAAAGAGAUUUUAUGGAGUGCAAUCAAGAAAUUUUCAGAUAAUUAUUCAGAUAUUGACAAGAAGACCUUGAACAGGUUUAUGGUUUUCGCCAAAGGGAGUGAAAUGUCUAUUGACCCGAUUGAUGUUGUCGAGGCGUCACCUCUAUUCAUUCGAGCUGUUGGAGAGUCAUUUAAACUCUAUUUACCAAUGGUAGUCAAGAUGAUUGUCGAUAUACUAGAGAAUUUCUCAGAUGAUUCUUUGGAAGAGGAGAGGGAAAGAGCGUUCAAUGUUUUGAAAAAAAUGAUAAAUUCAGAUUACAAACCAUUGGCACCAUUCGUACAUUCCUUGGUACAUCCACUGUGCAACUUUGCAGUUUCGAGCCUUGAAGUUGACUACGAUAGAGACAUAAUUUUCUUAGUUUCCAAUCUUUUACCUGGAUGUAUGAAGCUGUGCAUUCGAGCACAAGUGGGUGUCGAAAAGACAAUCAAAGAGUUUGGUAUGGAACUGGAUUGCUUACUCAAAAAAAUUUCCGAUGAUACCAACGAUGACAUCAUGUAUGAAUGUGCCGACCUGGGAGCCAACAUCAUCAAUGCAAUGGGGCAUGACGUAAUGACAUUGGAUCAAGUUCAAUCAACGCUAAGUAUAGUGACCGAGGUACAAAAAAGGCUUAUUGACGAGAAUUCACUUGUACCUGAUGUCGAGAUCAAUCUCUACAAACUGAUUAACACGAUGAUCAGGUUUAACAGCACAGUCACAUCACCUCUUAUCACAUAUGAAAUGUUGGGUAGAUAUUGCAAGAAACUUGGAGAGAUUGAAUUUGACAAUUGCAAGGAUUUAAUCCUAGACUUUUUAGCCGAGUAUUGCAAACAUGGUGGAGAGAGUGCAAUCAACUCAUUUCCCCUGAUCAUGGCAACCAUAAUCGGGUGCCUCGUAAACCUUAAUAAUGACUCUGAACGACGUAGCGCUGCUAUUGCACUUGGUGCGGCAGCACAGACUGCCAAAGAUAGAUUCUCACCAUGGGCUACCGAGGCGCUUCAAGGAUUGGAUACCAUCGCCAUGAUGCCCCCCACAUCUUCUAGUGACGCUAUCCAAGCCAAGGAAGAAGCGUUGUCGAGUAUUGAAAAAAUCAUCAAAUAUGUUCCACAAGCCGCCACCCAACACGAUCAAUAUUGCAAGAUGAUUGAAUAA